UUGAUGUAUAAAAAGAUGUAUAAAAAUAACGAUAAAAAAUACUUUUUAUAACCUUAAGAAACAUUUUAGGUUAAACGUCAAAAUAGAAAUUCGUUGAAUUGGUCACGUAGUUAGUAACAGAUGUUCUUGAAAGUUGAACUUUCUGUACUAGUGCAAGAAUUUCUUGUCAAGAGUGUAUACAUUUCGAAGCAUAAAACUUGGUUAUACUCAGAUAUAUGUAUAUAACUUUAUUAUGUGGAUUAAAUAAUAUAAUAAAUACGAAGGUAAUAAAGUAAAUGUGCCUGAUUCUCUAGAGUUGAAAGUAUUCUUACAAAAAAGUUCUUACAAAAAAUUUGAUAAUUGUAUAUUUACUAGUAAUUGUAUACAUCUUGUUUUUACUGACAUUCUUGAAUUAUUGACUUUCAAAAAAGUUAUGUGAAAAUAUUAUAGAUACUAGUGGAACUUUCGAUAUGAUAGACUCACAGGAUAUUAGUGAACAAGAAUUAGAAGUGCUAAAAGGCGACGCUGUAGGAGGUAACAACCUCUGCAGCAGCAAAUGGCUAAUUAAUACUUUAAUGUCUCUAUGUCAGGUACAUGAAAAUGGUUGGACGAAAGAAUUAGAAUCCCAACUUUGUAUCUUGUGGGAUCUGAGUAUGGAAGAAGAAGUGGUAUCUUAUCUUAUAUCAUACGAUUUUCUGAAGAUAGCAAAGAAAACACUGGUGGUUUCCGACGAACCACGAUUAAUUGAAAUAAUCUUAGGUAUUAUUGGCAAUAUAUGCUGUAACAAAGAAGCUAUUGAUACAAUAGCUUGUGAUCAAGAACUAGUUACACAAAUCUUAAGAUACUUAGCAUCCGAAGACUCAUUAAUAUUAAUUCAACUUCUCAGGAUUUUACAAUUGAUUGUAUGCAAGAUUUGGCAAAAUCCAGAAUCAGACUGGACAGUCCAUUUUACAGAAUGUGAAUUUCUUGGAGAUUCUAUAACUUUUAUGUUAAUGAGUUCAACUAACAAUGACUUAUUGCUGGCGGCAAUGAAUUUUCUUGAGUCUGUAUCUAAGAUAAGUUUGCCACAUGAGAAUAGUUUUUUGAAAAAAUUGUUUAAAAUAGACAAUCUAAUUCCUGCGCUAUUAGAAUCAUUCAUGCAAGUAAUAUCAACAGAGAAAGAUGGUUAUUCUGAAGUGGAAUUGACCUUCAUCAGACAUUGGUUGAUAGUACUAAUCGUCAUAAUGGAAUCCGAUUCACUUAAAUUUGAAGACUAUGAGAAUGAUGAGAAUUUUUUAAAAUUAAUGGAGAUCAUGUACAGGAUUUUGGAACCAUAUAAAAAGUCAUAUAAUUUAUAUCCAAUGCAACGAUCAAGUAUCGAUAUAAUUACCGAUACUUUGCGCAUAUUAUUAAGUUUCCAUUGUUGUGAUGUAAAUAUUCCACCGAAGAUAGAUCACAUUAUUGGAACUUUAAUUAUUACUCUUGAAACUGGUAUGUCAAGCUCAAAGAAGUAUGAUUUGGAAGCCGAAGAACAAAUACCUCCUAGUUUUUUAGAUUUUAUGAUAAAAUACUGGCUGCAGAUUAAUAAACUUUGCACCAGUGAACAGAUUGUAGAAAUAUUAUGUCUAUGUACAAGUGAAGUUAGUCAAUGUCUAAUGAUUCUUAUACAAAAUGAUUCUAAGACAACACUCGAAAUGCAUGAAAAAGUAGAAAAUUGCCGCUUACUUUUAGAAAAUCUUCUAAAAAAGAAUAAUAUGUAAGAGUGUAAUAAAAAAUGAUCUCAUUAUUUUUGUACA